CAUGCACGCUCCCGACAGCAGAGAGAAGAGACACGAUGGAGGUGAAGGUGGAGGACUGUGUGGUCCGUGGAGACUCCUCUGAUCUGGUUUCUGUUCUUCUUGAUGAAGGACUGACCGACAUCACACUCACCAGACUGCACCAGCUGGUCACCAAGGAUCUAUGUGGAUCAAGUUUCACCAGAGUCCAGGUCGUGUUGAAGUCUUUAGAGGUUCUAUCAGAGAACAGAGAUGACCUGCAGACGCUCAUCAACCACGGACUGACUGCUAAAUUGGUGUUGUGGUUCGAAGCCGUCCAUGACCUUCUGACCUCUGACCUCCAGAGGAACUCGGCCUCCCUUCUCAGCCUCACUGAGGAGUUCUAUGACUUCUUCCAGCUGCUGGGUCAGGCUUCUCUUCCAGUCAGUCAGCUGUCUGUGGUUCUCCUUCAGCUGGCUCGGUUGGCUCUGGAAGCAGAAAUCCACUUUCCACUGAGACUUGAGGCCAUCAGAACAUUUAACAGCAUCCUGGAGUCUCUGAGCCGCGAGCAGAAGAAACUGAUCCAGAUCGACCAGAAUCAGACCACGAUACUAUCUCAGGUGGCAGCAGCAAUUCUGACAGUUGGAGACUACGAGCUGCAGGUCAGCCUAUCAGAGGCUCUGUGUCGUCUGACUCCCAGGAAGGACCGAGAGCAGAGAGCCAAUCAGUGGUUCUCCAGGCAUGACAUCAGCAGCGCCUUCUGUGACAUCAGAGACGGAGACUUUGAAGUGGACUGUCGCCGUUUCCUGAACUUUGUUAACGGUCACCAUGGCGACCAGAGGAGGGUGUACACCUUCCCCUGUGCCCGAGCCUUCCUCGACUCCACUGAGCUGUUUCCACCAAAAGACGACAAACUGGACGAGUUCUGGAUCGACUUUAACGUGAGCUCAGGAUGUGUGAGCUUCUUCAUCGAUGAGCCUCAGGGGUUCCUGUGGGGGUCGAUCCACCUCCUGAAGGAGGACGUGGAUCAUUACAGUCUUCACCUGAAACAUGAUGAAUGCACUGGGGCAGAGACAGUCCUCAGUGUCAGGCUAAACAAUCCCAUGAUGCACCACAACAGCAGAGGUCAGACAGUGGAGCUGAACUUCAACUCUGAACACCACCGAGAGCUGGAGGAGGCUGCUGGGAAAGUCUUCAUGACGGUGAAGAAUCCCCCCGUCUGAAGGACCCAGGUGGUCCGGUCCAUGGUCGGUCCUACAGCAGGAAGAAGCCCCAGAUCAAGAGUCAUCUGAAGAUCCUUCCUGUGUCGUCUCCCAGCAGUGAGGAGGACUCUUCGGUCUCAAAG